CGACGGGGAGGGCUCGCUGGCCCCGCCCCUCCGCCCGCCCCCCGCGCUGCUGGCGCCUGCAGGAACUGCGGCUCCAGGCUCUUGCGGGCUGGGCGCUGUGUCCGCUGAAUGACCAGGAAGGUUUUCCUGGCAGGUUGGUUUCUAGGCAACAUGUCCUCCGCUUCUGUUAAAGAGUGCCUGCAGCUCCAGCUGCUGGAGAUGGAAAUGCUAUUGUCCAUGUUUCCCAACCAAGGGGAAGUGAAACUGGAGGAUGUAAAUGCCCUGACGACCAUAAAAAGGUAUUUGGAAGGCACAAGGGAGGCGCUGCCACCAAAAAUCGAAUUUGUGAUUACACUCCAGAUUGAGGAGCCCAAGGUGAAAAUUGAUUUGCAAGUAACCAUGCCCCACAGCUAUCCCUAUGUAGCGCUGCAGCUGUUUGGACGGUCAUCUGAGCUGGACAGACAACAGCAGCUACUUCUCAACAGAGGGCUCACUUCUUACAUAGGGACUUUCGAUCCAGGUGAGCUCUGUGUCUGUGCAGCAAUCCAGUGGCUACAGGACAACAGUGCCCCCUAUUUCCUGAACAGAAAGCUCGUUUAUGAACCAUCUACACAAGCAAAGCCGGUCAAGAACGUAUUUCUCCGAAUGUGGAUCUACAGCCACCACAUUUAUCAGCAGGACCUCAGGAAGAAGAUUUUGGAUGCUGGGAAGAGGUUAGAUGUGACUGGAUUUUGUAUGACAGGAAAGCCUGGUAUAAUCUGUGUGGAAGGCUUCAAAGAGCCCUGUGAGGAAUUCUGGCACACGAUCAGGUAUCCCAAUUGGAAACACAUUUCCUGUAAGCAUGCUGAAAGUAUCGAGACUGAAGGAAAUGGGGAGGACCUGAGACUCUUCCAUUCUUUCGAAGAAUUACUCCUUGAGGCCCAUGGUGACUACGGAUUAAGGAAUGACUAUCACAUGAAUCUGGGCCAGUUCUUAGAAUUCCUGAAAAAACACAAAAGUGAGCAUGUUUUCCAGAUAUUAUUUGGCAUUGAAAGCAAAAAUUCAGAUUCCUAGGAGGCUAUUCACAUUAAAAGGCCUAUGCUUGUAAUCUCACCAAGUCAGUAUCUGUUAAUAAAACCAAAAUAAACUGGUUGGAGGCCUGUGAGAAACCUGGCUGCAGAAUUUUCACACGGGCCUUUUAACUUGUCAGCAGUGCGCUCAUGAUGUUAUGUCCAUGCUCUUGUAUUAACUGGAAGCUAUUUAACUGUAACUUAAUAAAAGCAGUCAAUUCAACUGGGGAAGCUGAUUUGAUUAAAGAGGAGUCCAAAGCCCAUAGUUAAUGUCAAUAGUCCAACUGCAUCUUUGAAUUCACAAAUAAGAAUAAUAACUCUCCCUUUCAUGAUGCUAAUAUACAGAUGGCACACCACACUUUCUUUCAUUAUUAGGGAUAAAUUCUAAAUCAAGUUUAAAAUGAGAACAAAGACAUAUAGCAUGUUUGCUACAUUUCUUACUUUAUUUUAAACUCCUGAUUUUGAGAUUUUUCUUUCAGUAAAACUGAAGCCUAUCUGUAAUGGCAGAGGAAAUCAGAAGUCUCAAGAGUAAUGAAGAGGACAUGUGCUCUUUGGCUGUUUGCAUCAGUUGAUUAAUGAUACCAAAGAGAAUGAUACAGUAUUCUUAGUUCAGUUCUUAGCCACACAAAAAAGAUAUGAUUUCUUAUCUACGAAGUGUUCCACAGGCGAUGCAUACUGGCUGUCUUUGUCAGAGCAAGAGUGUGGAGAGGACCAGUGUGGAUGCCUGUGGACCUCACCUCUCUGGGGGAAAUUGAACUCUACGUUUUGGCGGAAAGUCACUGUCAUCUCUCCCGAAAAUUCCAAGCUUCACAGGCUUCACCAGCCUUUUUCAAAAUGAGAGUUUAUUUCCAUAAAUCCUACGAAAUUGGCACUUGCCAAACUUUUUCAUUACAAAGUAUCUGCCCCUCCCAAGAAUUUCUGGGAGUCUCUGAGUUAAGGGGUACCCUGAGCUGCCUCUGGUUUCCAUGGUCUCUCUGCCCUUGUCAGGAAGCACUUCAUUCCACUGGGUCCCCGGCACCCCACUGAGGCCACAGUCUCCAGGAUGCCCAAGCUGGAUGCUGAGAUUUAGACACUUGCAGGGGAAUGCCUGACUCCCCGUAUUGCCAUACGUGGUUAGAUGCCAAUCACUGCUGCAAGUGCUGGGGAGCUUCCAGGGUUUUUUAUAACAGUUCAUUCUGAUUGUACUCUCCAUGUCUAAGAUGUAGACACAGGUCCUUGGGCCAGGGUGAGGACAAACGGGAUAGACUGACCAGACACAAACCUGAGUCUCUUGACCUUGAAGCCUUGGAACUGGGUCCACUCUGUUCUACCAAUGCUCUUAAUGAGUUUAGUUCAGAAUGAGUUUCAGGGCACACCUCAGAGGCUGUGUCCUGGGCCUGCCUUGCCAAAUCGUCGGUUUGCCCUUCCUAGCCUGGGAUGUAGCUGGGAUUCAGACCGGAGCCUCACACUUUUCUUAUAAACAAAGGAACAAAUAAGAUUUACAUGGACUGAAAACAACUUCAUGUAGCAUUUCCCAUACAAUCUCUCGCAAACCAUCAAUAAGUAUAAUUAGCAUUUACACAUUUUUAGGCUCAAAAAAAAAACCCUCCAUUAAUUUUCUUCCUUUGAAAUGAGACAAUAUGCACCAAGCACCUAAUAUAUGUGCAAACCACUCAGCAAUUUUUCUGAUUAAAUUGGCAAAAGUAAUGACAUAUAAACAAGCUUAAAGAAUCAAAAUAUG